AGGAAUUCCUGCCUCUUGGCCCAGACUUCCAUACGCCCUUCAUUGCUUGGCUCAGCUGCCCUGUGGGGCCUCGUCUACCUCUGACUGUGGCUUCCUAGCAGGAACAGAUGGACAUGGCCUGGCAGAAGACACAGUUGCUGCUUCUGGCUUUGGUGGCUGCUGCACAGGGUGGCCAGCCCAGGACUCCACGAGCCAAGACGGACCUGAUCAAUGUCUGCAUGGAUGCCAAGCAUCACAAGACAAAGCCAGGCCCUGAGGACAAGCUGCAUGACCAGUGCAGUCCCUGGAAAAAGAACGCCUGCUGCUCGGUCAACACCAGCCGGGAGCUGCACAAGGACACCUCCCUCCUGUACAACUUUAACUGGGACCACUGCGGCAAGAUGGAGCCCGCCUGCAAGCGCCACUUCAUCCAGGACACCUGCCUCUAUGAGUGCUCCCCCAACCUGGGGCCCUGGAUCCAGCAGGUGGACCAGAGCUGGCGCAAAGAGCGUUUCCUGGACGUGCCCCUGUGCAAAGAGGACUGUGAGAGCUGGUGGGAGGCCUGCCGCACCUCCUACACUUGCAAGAGCAACUGGCACAAGGGCUGGGACUGGACCUCAGGGUCUAACAAGUGUCCAGCUGAGGCCACCUGCCGCACAUUUGAGUCCUACUUCCCCACGCCUGCUGCCCUGUGUGAGGAACUCUGGAGUCACUCCUACAAGGUCAGCAACUACAGCCGAGGGAGUGGCCGCUGCAUCCAGAUGUGGUUCGACCCGGCCCAGGGCAACCCCAAUGAGGAGGUGGCGAGGUUCUAUGCCAUGGCUAUGACUGCUGGGGCCACGUCCCAUGGGAUGGGGCCUCUCCUGCUCAGCCUGGCCCUGAUCCUGCAACUCUGGCUCCUUGGCUGAGCCGCUCCCACUGCUGACACAUGGACAUCUUCCUUGCUUGUACCCAACCUGGUUGACUUUAGCUCAGCCCAGCUCACCUCUUGCAGAUGAGGGGGCCUCACCAUGCCCUGGUCAUUCCUGAUCCAAGAUGGGUCCUAUGGGGUUCCUCUGACAGCCUAUUCUAAUAGACAGAUCCACGUG